UACACAUUAACAAACAGGCAGUUGAAGGGACACACAAAAGAGAAAAGGAAAAAAAAGCUGGUCACAUUUCUCAGGCACCUGAAAACGUGCUGGUUAUUUUAGGACGCGUGUUGCUUAUUGAUGAGUGGGGAGUGCUUCAUCUACUUCCACUCUCUGGUCAUGUUUUGAUGGUGACUGUACAUGGCAAGCAGCUGAAUGCUUUGGGACCUGUGUAAUUUAGAGAAACUCUAUACAGUGAUAUCUCACCACAGCUUGGCAUCAUAAGGUGUGCAGACGGAGAGCCGAGCAGCCCUGUGCAUCUGUUCACCUUGGAAAUUAUCUGGAUCAAUAACAGAUCUGCUUUAAUUUCCUUUUUAAUUUUUUUUUUUUUUAAAUAUUUCUUCCUUCCUUUAUUUUUUCUUUUUCUUGCCGGGUUUUCAGACCCCCAAUGCCCUGUGCACACUCCAGUUGGUCUGAGCUUUUGGAUACACUCUAUAUGCCUUGGCAGUUCAUGACUCUUUCACCUGUAUCAACGAAACUCCUCAGUGGCAAGCAGAGGCAGUCAGUCCAGCAUUAAACGCCCACGGUUAAACAGCACGGACCAACAGAGCAACAUCGAUCGACUGGGAAACAUGGAAAAUAGCCCUGGUGGUGGUGUUAUCUUGUACGCUGGCUCGUCUGGCAGUGCCAGCCCAAGUCCUGGCAGUCCUUCAAGUGGAUACCAGACCCAGUCGCCCUCCUCCCACUCGCAGCCCUCGUCCCCAGAGGGUGUCUCCUUUCAAGAGAUUGGGGCCCUGAGGCAGAGAGGGGAACAAGGGGGAGGAACUCCUUCCCCAAAAAUGGUCUUCCAGUUUCCUGAAGUAAACAAUGCUCCAGUUGCCCAAAUAACGACGAUAUCAUCGGCAACCUACAACCAUCCCACAGUGGCCAAAAGACCUUGUGGUUUCACUGGCACGUUCACCAAGACCGGAGGUAUGGUGCUUCUGUGUAAGGUGUGUGGAGACAUUGCAUCUGGGUUCCAUUAUGGUGUGCACGCCUGUGAGGGCUGCAAGGGUUUCUUCAGACGCAGCAUUCAGCAGAAUAUCCACUACAAGAUGUGUGUGAAGAAUGAAAACUGUCUCAUCAUGCGCAUGAACCGAAACCGGUGCCAGCACUGCCGCUUUAAGAAGUGUCUCUCCGUGGGCAUGUCCAGAGAUGCUGUGCGUUUUGGGCGUAUUCCUAAACGGGAGAAGCAGAGACUAUUGGAUGAGAUGCAGAGCUACAUGAACAGUCUCAAUGAAUCAGCUUCCAUGGAAAUAGAGGUGUCCCCUCCUCCCGAUGCCCCCUCCUGUCCACAGAACCAGACGAGUGAAGGCUCCAUAUCGCAGUCGUACCGCAGCAACUUAAUGAGCGGUGACGAGAAACCACUUAAGAUGGCUUCCCGCAACAGCAACGCCCGUACUUCCUCUUUCCAGAACAGUUCGGUACAGGAACCUGCUCUGACGCACCCCACAACCCACACGCAGCACACGGUUCAUGGGGAGCAGGCAAACCUGACAUCAAGCUACCAUGUCCCCACAAACUGCCCUGUUGCCCCCACCAACAAUGAAAACUCCACUAAUACUAACAUAGACAAUGCCAAGUACACCUUCUCCAAUCACAAUCAGUGCCCCAUCAGUGGCAGCCUAUCACCUCAGUCCUACCCAGCCAAUCAGAACAGUUUCCCAGCCAACGAUCCUCAGAACCAAAAUCCCUGUCCCUGGAAGUUGAAUGGAGGCGCCAAAGUGCUGGCAUGUCCGCUGAAUUCAUGUCCUGUGGCUCCGGCUAGUCGUUCCAGUCAGGAGGUGUGGGAGUCUUUCUCCCAGUGCUUCACCCCUGCUGUUAAAGAAGUAGUGGAGUUUGCAAAGAGCAUCCCAGGCUUCCAGACUCUUAGCCAGCACGAUCAGGUCAUGCUGCUCAAAUCUGGCACUUUCCAGGUUCUGAUGGUCAGGUUCUGCUCAUUGUUUGACCCCAAGGAGAGGACGGUGACCUUCCUCAAUGGGCAGACGUACUCACUCGCAUCAUUGAGGGCUCUUGGCAUGAGCUCCUUACUGGACGCCAUGUUUGAUUUCAGCGAGAAGCUAGGAUCUCUGGGCCUGGAGCCAGAUGAGAUGGCUCUUUUUAUGGCCGUCGUGCUUGUGUCAGCUGACCGCUCUGGUAUAGUAGAGGUGGGAGCAGUGGAGCUACUGCAAGAGAAUCUAAUAAAAGCCCUGCGCUCUCUCAUCACCAGUCGUCGCCCAGAUGACAGCACCCUCUUCCCAAAGUUGCUGCUUCGUCUGCCAGACCUGCGCACACUUAACAACCAGCACUCGGACAAGCUUUUAGCUUUCCGCAUUGAUCCCUGAAUUCAGAUGGCCUGCAGCUUACUGAGGUAUCUGCUUCGGGGAACCUCCUGGCUCCCCAUGCAAGCCUGGCCCGCCACAUACAGUACACUGGCCUCUGCAUGACGGACAGGUGUUGUGGGAGCUGUGCCAAGUCUGAUGCUGUGAGACAGUGGACUCGGAAAAAAUAUCAGUGAAGGAUGGAGGCACAGCAGGAGGUGGAAGCUCCUGAACUCAAGCUGAUCUCUCCUCCAGUUGCUUCCAGAUUUACAAAAAAAAAAAAAAUUAAAACAUAGUCUGUGUUCUUCCAUGGGUUCUUCGAGUCAACAUCAAACUACCACCUCAUCACCUCUCCCUCCCAGAGUUCGUCUCAGACAGCAUUUGUUCUGAAGACCAAAAAGAAAGAGAGGGCUUUUUGUCCCUCACGAGACUUUGUCCUCCUAUCCCGGCUUACAAAGCAAGCAAGAAGGAAGCACAUACUCUUGCCCAGAACAAAAGGAAUAUGUAAAAACAUUCACCAACAAUGAUUUCUUACUGUACAUCCAUGCUACAAGUGUAAAAUGCACUUUCCAUACAUUGAGAAACCUGUUACAUCAAUAUAUAAUAUAGCAAUAGAAAUGUCUAACACACAGUUUGGAGGACGGUUUGUGUUUGCCCUGUUGAAAUGACCUACGCUAUUUUCACAACAUGUCACCACGUGGGAAAUCUUUAUGAAAAUAACCCAUCUAUGAUUGAGAAAUUUACAACAUUUUCAAAAAAUGAGAGUAAGUUGCAUUGUAUUUGUAUGCGGUAAUCAGGGAGAAAUUAUCGGUCAUUUUAGACCGGGUCUGAUGGGUAAAAUGUUGAGGUGUUCUGUUGUAAAUUUUUGUAUAUAACCUUUAUUCUUGGUUCGUACCCUUGUUAGUUUGCAGAUUCGCGGACAUGUAAAUGAAGUUAGUAUUGAAAUUAUUGUAUGACGUCACACAUAAUAGAUUGCUCUACAGACUGCAGAGAAAGAGAAAGCAGCAUUUGAACCAUGCGCUCUGAGUAUAAACUUUUUAUCUGAAGAUAUAUAAUUGAAAUAAAUGUAUUGUCAACUGACUGCAUUGCCUUGUGAAUAUUUUGUAAAUGUUUACGGUUGAACCAUAGAGCACCAUUAUUAAAUAAUGUUAUAUAGCAUUUUCCCUUGAGCUCAUC